UCAGUUGCCAGAAGCGUCGCGCCGCGAUCGUAACGCAGGUUGAAUGCUACGGGCCGUGUUUACGGAAAUCUUUCGCGAUUUUGGCCAUUAUACGACGCGUGUGAUAACAGGGAAUCUGACAACAUAACUAGAACACACGAACAAGAAGACAUUUGGCCAACAGAUAUAGAAGUAAAAUUCCAUCUAGCUAGAUAAGACCUAUAAGUAAACCGCAUUGGGUUGUGAGUUAUCACCAAACCUUGACCCGGCAAACCCAAGUUUGCGAAUAUGAAAUAGGCAAAAAUACAAAAUAAAAUCAAUAAUCGUGAGUUGAAACAAAGCGACAGGCGAGGAAGAGGCCUUAAUCAACGCUAAUAAAUAUUAAUGAUCCCCGGAGAUUCCCGCUCGGAGCUCUGAAUGAAUGUGUCUGUAACCGAUCCCGAGAUUAACAACAAAUUAUGAUCGUGAAGUAUCAUCAUUGUGGACUUUCAGCCCAGCUAAUGAAACUACCUGACUGAGCUUUAUCUCUGACCUUAACAAAAUAUAAACCUUUUGGCGUACUAAAACCUUGUGCACCCGAAACUUAUCGUAGGCUAUAUUUAAUUGAUCAAAGUUGUCGUCGUAAUCUGGAGGGGGCAUUAUCAAAAGGCAGACAGCCAGUCACAGGGCAGGUGUAUUAAGUUUUAGUUAUUAAAGUGGAAAAAAGCCAGCUCUACUCUGUCUAGUGAUAAUUGUCCGGGUGAUUUCCGCUGAACCCUGAACUUUGGAGUCAGUAGUUAGUCGUCGAUGAGAAGUGAUCCGGCUGGUUCUGUUCCUAGGCUUCCAUCCGUCCAGUUUCUUGAAGCUAUUUCCAUUGAUGACUCGCACAGAAAUGUAUGUGUCCGAUCUGGACACAAAAGUCUCCGGCUUUGACAUUUUUUCGCACACCUGAAUGACUAACGGGGGGACUAACAAUUCAGACAGGUAACCAGGUAUAUUGCCAGCGGGACUGCAGAUAAAGAAAUAUGGGCGGGCAUUGUAACGCAAAAUAGAUAACUCGGGGUUAUUCAUUAUGCGAUGUGGUAUUUACCGCAAUUCGUUAAUAGACUUAGCAUGUCAAAAGAAAUGAUAAAUAUGCGAACCGUAUUUGUUCGUAUCGCGAUUUUCAGCCUGACUGGAGCUCAGUUUAAAGAUCUCCCUCCCUACGAUCGCUGGAGCGUGUUUAGGGAGGCGGUGACAAAAUUUAUGUUCGGAGUUCAAUUAGGGGAGACAAAGCGAAAACACAACUCAAAUAUUAACUCAAUAUAAUUAACAGCUCAGGCGGUCGGUAGGCCGUUAUAUCAAUGAGAGCUCCGGACAAAGCCCAAAUGCCAAAUACAAAUACGAGCUCUCCAUUCGGACAGCAACGGCAGCAGACGUAAAUAAACAAAUAGGCGAGAUAUCAGCGAUUCAGCAAAUAUCGGGCCCGGUCGCUUACGAUAUUGGCGAAUAUACAACUUAUACUAUAUCAUAUAGAUACGUUAAUGUGCAUGCAGCAUGGACUUUACUUUGGGCCUAGUCACGGGCAUGUAUGCCGUUGUGGCCGUAAUUGUCUUUUACGUGGUUUACGUCAUUGAGGUGAAAUUAGAUCUGCCGGCCAUCGUGAAUGGCCAUCGCAAUGGCACCGGCAGUGGUAACCAUAAUAAUAAUAAUAACAUAAACAACAAUAAUAAUGGCGACUCCGAGCUGGCGGACAUCUCGCAGACCCGACUACGUACCCUCAUCGAGACCAUCAUAGCGGAGACCCUGCGGAGUUCGUCCCUAAGUGCCAGCGGUGCCGUCUCAGAGAUCAGUCUGGAUACGCGCUCCCAACUGGGAGCCUCGGAGCUGGCCAAUGGGAAUGGCCUCAAGCGACGCCAUCGCACGGAGCACUACUUUGAGCCAAAGAUCUACCAGGAUCUGCUGGCCACAGCGGUGCUGAAUAAGAUUGCGGAUAAGGAAGGGAAUACAAGGCUUUUGGCGGAGAGCACGCCGGACUUGAGUGGUCGCCACAUUGACGAGAAUUUCAAUGCCGAGGCGCUGAGCACCACGUCCGGAAGUUCCAUAGAACCGCGCAGCGAUUCCAGCCUAACUGAUCAUGAAAUCGUACUGGAUAAUGGCAAAUCCCAAUCCCUGCAGGCCGAUUUGGAGAGGGAAUCUGUCCUUAGUGAUUAUAUAGCCGCGCACAUGGUGCCAUUACCUGACUUUUCAGCAUCCGUCACCGAGUCCGAGGAUGACAUUGGAUCCAUCUCCUCGAGCAUGAUCGGUGACGGUAACUGGGAGGACAACUGGCUCUUCAAGAAGAAGAGGAGCUCGGUAACUCCAAGCAGCACUGGCAUGCUAGUGCCGGCACCCAAAGAGAAUAUCCGGGCCCAGAUUGGUGACAAGACCGCUGACGAGGUUAGCGAUCUGUCCGAGAUGGGCUCGGAUGCCGAGGACAGUUCUCUGGAUCUGUUGCGCAGCAACGACCUUAAUGACCGCCUUCUAAGCAAACACCUGAUUGGUGGUCAGAACACAAAGCUUGUCCUGGACGAGCUUGUGGAUCGCACCAGUCUCACAUCCCACACAUUGCCAGAGGAGCACGAGCCGGCAUUUACAGAGACAACUAACGCAUUUGUGGUGUCUCCACCAGCCGUGCCAGCCGUGCCAGCCGUGCCACCACCUCCUAUGAUAUUCCAGGAUGAUUCUUUGAAUGAGGAGUUAACCCACACUCCCAUAGCAGCCCAAGCCGAAAACGAGGAGCUUUCCAGCCUCGAUGGCUGCACUGGUUUCAGCACAGUCGAGUAUAUCGACGAAGAGCAAAUGCACGAGAAUGUGCCAUCGGUUAUUGAGAUCCUGGCUGCCAUGGCCCUGGGACCGAUGCUAGCAGUUCCAGCCUCGGAACAGCCAGGCGCAAUGACACCCAGUGAGAUGCAUACCCUCAAGGAGCUCAGUGAUCUAGCCCUCGCCGAGAUAAACGCUCGCACAAUGGAUCUGGUGCAUCAUCACUCGCUGGACAUAAUUGAAGAGGAGAAUACCGAUCCCGCAGAGACUGCUCAAUAUUCUUCAGUAGCAUCCUCAGCGUUUGAAGCCGUUUCAGAGUCUUAUUCCCUGGGCGGGGAACUGCCAGAAAGCGUUAAAGACAGUACAGAGAACGGAUCAAUUAUUGUUGUGGAUCCACCAAUCGCGCCGCCUAAUCUUGAACUUUCACUGGAAACGGGAGCCACACCAUCUCCUGAUGUUGCAGCAGUCGAAAUUAUUCCUGAAACACAAACAACCGAUCCUGCGGCGCCAUUAGAGAUUACACAGGAUGUGGAUGCACCUGCUGAAAUCCUUCCCGAUUCACAAGCUGCCAAUGUGAAGCCAUCAGCGACAGAGGAAACUAUUCCUCAAGAAGAAAUAGUUGCUGUAGAAUCUGUGGCAGCCAUCGAAAUUAUUCCUGAAACACAAACAGUCGAUCCUGCGGCGCCAUUAGAGAUUGCACCGGAUGUGGAGCCACCUGCAGCUGCCGAAAUCCUUCUCGAAUCACAAUCUGCCAAUGUGGAGCCAUCAGCGACAGAAGAAUCUAUUCCUCAAGGAGAAAUAGUUGCUGUAGAAUCUGUGGCAGCCAUCGAAAUUAUUCCUGAAACACAAACAGUGGAUCCUGCGGCGCCAUUAGAGAUUGCACCGGAUGUGGAACCACCUGCAGCUGCUGAAAUCCCUUCCGAAUCACAAUCUGCCAAUGUGGAGCCAUCAGCGACAGAAGAAUCUAUUCCUCAAGAAGAAAUAGUUGCUGUAGAAUCUGUGGCAGCCAUCGAAAUUAUUCCUGAAACACAAACAGUCGAUCCUGCGGCGCCAUUAGAGAUUGCACCGGAUGUGGAACCACCUGCAGCUGCUGAAAUCCCUUCCGAAUCACAAUCUGCCAAUGUGGAGCCAUCAGCGACAGAAGAAUCUAUUCCUCAAGGAGAAAUAGUUGCUGUAGAAUCUGUGGCAGCCAUCGAAAUUAUUCCUGAAACACAAACAGUCGAUCCUGCGGCGCCAUUAGAGAUUGCACCUGAUGUGGAACCACCAGCACCUGCUGAAAUCCUUCCCGAAUCACAAUCUGCCAAUGUGGAGCCAUCAGCGACAGAAGAAUCUAUUCCUCAAGGAGAAAUAGUUGCUGUAGAAUCUGUGGCAGCCAUCGAAAUUAUUCCUGAAACACAAACAGUGGAUCCUGCGGCGCCAUUAGAGAUUGCACCGGAUGUGGAACCACCUGCAGCUGCUGAAAUCCCUUCCGAAUCACAAUCUGCCAAUGUGGAGCCAUCAGCGACAGAAGAAUCUAUUCCUCAAGGAGAAACAGUUGCUGUAGAAUCUGUGGCAGCCAUCGAAAUUAUUCCUGAAACACAAACAGUGGAUCCUGCGGCGCCAUUAGAGAUUGCAACUGAUGUGGAACCACCUGCAGCUGCCGAAAUCCUUUCCGAAUCACAAUCUGCCAAUGUGGAGCCAUCAGCGAUAGAGGAAACUAUUCCUCAAGGAGAAAUAGUUGCUGUAGAAUCUGUGGCAGCCAUCGAAAUUAUUCCUGAAACACAAACAGUCGAUCCUGCGGCGCCAUUAGAGAUUGCACCUGAUGUGGAACCACCUGCAGCUGCUGAAAUCCUUUCCGAAUCACAAGUUGCCAAUGUGGAGCCAUCAGCGAUAGAGGAAUCUAUUCCUCAAGGAGAAAUAGUUGCUGUAGAAUCUGUGGCAGCCAUCGAAAUUAUUCCUGAAACACAAACAGUCGAUCCUGCGGCGCCAUUAGAGAUUGCACCUGAUGUGGAACCACCAGCACCUGCUGAAAUCCCUCCCGAAUCACAAUCUGCCCAUGUGGAGCCUGCAGCGAUAGAGGAAACUAUUCCUCAAGAAGAAAUAGUUGCAGUAGAAUCUGUGGCAGCCAUCGAAAUUAUUCCUGAAACACAAACAGUCGAUCCUGCGGCGCCAUUAGAGAUUGCACCUGAUGUGGAACCACCUGCAGCUGCUGAAAUCCUUCCCGAAUCACAAUCUGCCAAUGUGGAGCCAUCAGCGACAGAAGAAUCUAUUCCUCAAGGAGAAAUAGUUGCUGUAGAAUCUGUGGUAGCCAUCGAAAUUAUUCCUGAAACACAAACAGUUGAUCCUGCGGCGCCAUUAGAGAUUGCACCUGAUGUGGAACCACCUGCACCUGCUGAAAUCCCUCCCGAAUCACAAUCUGCCCAUGUGGAGCCUGCAGCGAUAGAGGAAACUAUUCCUCAAGAAGAAAUAGUUGCUGUAGAAUCUGUGGCAGCCAUCGAAAUUAUUCCUGAAACACAAACAGUCGAUCCUGCGGCGCCAUUAGAGAUUGCACCUGAUGUGGAGCCACCAGCACCUGCUGAAAUCCUUCCCGAAUCACAAGUUGCCAAUGUGGAGCCAUCAGCGACAGAAGAAUCUAUUCCUCAAGGAGAAAUAGUUGCUGUAGAAUCUGUGGCAGCCAUCGAAAUUAUUCCUGAAACACAAACAGUCGAUCCUGCGGCGCCAUUAGAGAUUGCACCUGAUGUGGAACCACCUGCACCUGCUGAAAUCCUUCCCGAAUCACAAUCUGCCAAUGUGGAGCCAUCAGCGACAGAAGAAUCUAUUCCUCAAGGAGAAAUAGUUGCUGUAGAAUCUGUGGCAGCCAUCGAAAUUAUUCCUGAAACACAAACAGUCGAUCCUGCGGCGCCAUUAGAGAUUGCACCUGAUGUGGAGCCACCUGCAGCUGCCGAAAUCCUUCCCGAAUCACCAGCUUCCCAUGUGGAGCCUGCAGCGAUAGAGGAAACUAUUCCUCAAGAAGAAAUAGUUGCUGUAGAAUCUGUGGCAGCCAUCGAAAUUAUUCCUGAAACACAAACAGUCGAUCCUGCGGCGCCAUUAGAGAUUGCACCUGAUGUGGAGCCACCUGCAGCUGCCGAAAUCCUUCCCGAAUCACCAGCUUCCCAUGUGGAGCCUGCAGCGAUAGAGGAAACUAUUCCUCAAGGAGAUAUAGUUGCUGUAGAAUCUGUGGCAGCCAACGAAAUUAUUCCUGAAACACAAACAGUCGAUCCUGCGGCGCCAUUAGAGAUUGCACCUGAUGUGGAACCACCAGCACCUGCUGAAAUCCUUCCCGAAUCACAAGUUGCCAAUGUGGAGCCAUCAGCGACAGAAGAAUCUAUUCCUCAAGGAGAAAUAGUUGCUGUAGAAUCUGUGGCAGCCAUCGAAAUUAUUCCUGAAACACAAACAGUCGAUCCUGCGGCGCCAUUAGAGAUUGCACCUGAUGUGGAGCCACCUGCAGCUGCCGAAAUCCUUCCCGAAUCACCAGCUUCCCAUGUGGAGCCAUCAGCAACAGAAGAAUCUAUUCCUCAAGGAGAUAUAGUUGCUGUAGAAUCUGUGGCAGCCAUCGAAAUUAUUCCUGAAACACAAACAGUCGAUCCUGCGGCGCCAUUAGAGAUUGCACCUGAUGUGGAACCACCAGCACCUGCUGAAAUCCUUCCCGAAUCACAAUCUGCCCAUGUGGAGCCUGCAGCGAUAGAGGAAACUAUUCCUCAAGAAGAAAUAGUUGCUGUAGAAUCUGUGGCAGCCAUCGAAAUUAUUCCUGAAACACAAACAGUCGAUCCUGCGGCGCCAUUAGAGAUUGCACCGGAUGUGGAACCACCUGCAGCUGCCGAAAUCCUUCUCGAAUCACAAUCUGCCAAUGUGGAGCCAUCAGCGACAGAAGAAUCUAUUCCUCAAGGAGAAAUAGUUGCUGUAGAAUCUGUGGCAGCCAACGAAAUUAUUCCUGAAACACAAACAGUCGAUCCUGCGGCGCCAUUAGAGAUUGCACCGGAUGUGGAACCACCUGCAGCUGCCGAAAUCCUUCCCGAAUCACCAGCUUCCCAUGUGGAGCCUGCAGCGAUAGAGGAAACUAUUCCUCAAGGAGAAAUAGUUGCUGUAGAAUCUGUGGCAGCCAACGAAAUUAUUCCUGAAACACAAACAGUCGAUCCUGCGGCGCCAUUAGAGAUUUCACCGGAUGUGGAGCCACCUGCAGCUGCCGAAAUCCUUCUCGAAUCACAAUCUGCCAAUGUGGAGCCAUCAGCAACAGAAGAAUCUAUUCCUCAAGAAGAAAUAGUUGCAGUAGAAUCUGUGGCAGCCAACGAAAUUAUUCCUGAAACACAAACAGUCGAUCCUGCGGCGCCAUUAGAGAUUGCACCUGAUGUGGAGCCACCUGCAGCUGCCGAAAUACUUCCCGAAUCACCAGCUUCCCAUGUGGAGCCAUCAGCAACAGAAGAAUCUAUUCCUCAAGGAGAUAUAGUUGCUGUAGAAUCUGUGGCAGCCAUCGAAAUUAUUCCUGAAACACAAACAGUCGAUCCUGCGGCGCCAUUAGAGAUUGCACCUGAUGUGGAACCACCAGCACCUGCUGAAAUCCUUCCCGAAUCACAAUCUGCCCAUGUGGAGCCUGCAGCGAUAGAGGAAACUAUUCCUCAAGAAGAAAUAGUUGCUGUAGAAUCUGUGGCAGCCAUCGAAAUUAUUCCUGAAACACAAACAGUCGAUCCUGCGGCGCCAUUAGAGAUUGCACCGGAUGUGGAACCACCUGCAGCUGCCGAAAUCCUUCUCGAAUCACAAUCUGCCAAUGUGGAGCCAUCAGCGACAGAAGAAUCUAUUCCUCAAGGAGAAAUAGUUGCUGUAGAAUCUGUGGCAGCCAACGAAAUUAUUCCUGAAACACAAACAGUCGAUCCUGCGGCGCCAUUAGAGAUUGCACCGGAUGUGGAACCACCUGCAGCUGCCGAAAUCCUUCCCGAAUCACCAGCUUCCCAUGUGGAGCCUGCAGCGAUAGAGGAAACUAUUCCUCAAGGAGAAAUAGUUGCUGUAGAAUCUGUGGCAGCCAACGAAAUUAUUCCUGAAACACAAACAGUCGAUCCUGCGGCGCCAUUAGAGAUUGCACCUGAUGUGCAACCACCAGCACCUGCUGAAAUCCUUCCCGAAUCACAAUCUGCCCAUGUGGAGCCUGCAGCGAUAGAGGAAACUAUUCCUCAAGGAGAAAUAGUUGCUGUAGAAUCUGUGGCAGCCAACGAAAUUAUUCCUGAAACACAAACAGUCGAUCCUGCGGCGCCAUUAGAGAUUUCACCGGAUGUGGAGCCACCUGCAGCUGCCGAAAUCCUUCUCGAAUCACAAUCUGCCAAUGUGGAGCCAUCAGCGACAGGAGAAUCUAUUCCUCAAGGAGAAAUAGUUGCUGUAGAAUCUGUGGCAGCCAUCGAAAUUAUUCCUGAAACACAAACAGUCGAUCCUGCGGCGCCAUUAGAGAUUUCACCGGAUGUGGAGCCACCUGCAGCUGCCGAAAUCCUUCUCGAAUCACAAUCUGCCAAUGUGGAGCCAUCAGCGACAGAAGAAUCUAUUCCUCAAGGAGAAAUAGUUGCUGUAGAAUCUGUGAUCGAUCCUGCGGCGCCGUUAGAGAUUGCACCGGAUAUGGAACCUCCUGCAGCUGCUGAAAUCCUUCCCGAAUCACAAGCUGCCAAUGUGGAGCCUGCAGCGACAGAAGAAUCUAUUCCUCAAGGAGAAAUAGUUGCUGUAGAAUCUGUGCCACCCGCGGAAGAUACUAUUGAGGAAGCUCAAUUAGGUUCCAUUGCGGAGCGUGAGGUGAAGAAAUGGUACAAUGCCGUCGAGAUGCCGAAUAACCCAUACGCUCCCGAGGCCCUGAAGCAGCGCAUCAGUGGUACCCAGGAGCGGUACAUGGAUGUGCCAAAUAUCAGUCCCAGUGCAGAGCAGAAGGCUCUAGCCUCGGCACUCACGGAAAACACGGAUCCGCCAUCGCCCCAAACGGAUUACAAGCGGUACAGCCGCGAUUACUACAUCAAUAAUGCCCCUAAAGACAGCACGGGAAGUGUGAGAUCCCCAGCAUCCAACUCCUUUGUGGAUCAGCAGCGAAGUGCUGCUGAGGACGUCGAGGACAUCGUGAUCAACGAGGCUCAAAAAGCAAGCCAGGCUGCCACAGAGCAGGAACAGCCACUGGAAUCGGUGUAUAAAGCCUUGCCAGUUCAGGUCCUGGACGAGUCCUUGGACUCCCAGUCGAAUCUCUCGUUACACUCGCUGCAAACGACAACCACCACAACCAGCGAUGAGUCCGACACGGUGCGCAUCUACGAUUUUAAUAAGCAGGAGACGACGGUUAUCAGAGCUGCUCCAUCCUCGGAGCAGCCUCAGCCUCCCAGCAGCACCCCCACAUCGUCCAUGGAGUCCGCGCAGAGUGCUUCGGCUUCUGUGUCCUCCAUCGAUUCAUCAGUCUCGAAGAAACGGGAGCGCCCUGUGGUCCUUCAGUUUGGACCGGGUGACUCGGCGCCCACCGUAGGUUCCCCUGCGAGUACACCCACCCGGGGAUCCACACCUCCAGCUUUCAGAUUUUUGCAGCCCAAACGCCGCCUCAUCGAUCCCAGUCAGGUUCUAUCUGUUGACGAAGAUGAUGUGCCUGAACCAACCACUCCUGCGGCGGAGAGACCAGUCAUCGAAGUUGAAUUGGGUCAUGCCAUGCCAUCUGUGAAGGCUCUGGCCCAGGCCUUCCUCCUGACCAGCAAGCACACGCAACCCCAGCGCAGAUGGCGGCAGGUGAGAUUAGCUGCCCCGCCAGAUGCACCCAAUAAGCCAGGCACGUCACUGCCGAAGCGUCACAGACUGGAGCAUGCCGUUUCUAUGGCUGAGGUAGCAGAUGAAUCCACAAUUGCCUCGGACCUGUCAUCCCUCGAAACAGAUCCAUCAUUACAAUCCGAGGGCAAUCCACCCAUAGCCUCGCCAGCGAGUCCUGUGCCCGUCCGGCACGGCUUCCUGCGAAGCAAUAUUGCUUUCUUUGAGAAUUUAAAGUUCAAGUGAAUAUGCGAAUGGGGGCUUAAGUGGGGUGUGCAUACAUUUGUUGAUUUUCCCGGAGUGGGAAAAUUCACGAUAAUGGAGAGGCACACCCAUCCCAAAACUGAAACCAAAACUUCGCCAAAUACCAAGUGCCAUGGAUGGCCUCCAUUCCCCAGACCGAAAUUAUCACACACAACAAAGUACUUAACUUCAAUCGGCACCAAGUGUGUGCCAUUCGUUAAUUUUAGUCCGUAUUUACUUUAACGUAUAUCUAAUAUCCAUGGAUACUAUUUAUUUAGCUCUAAGAUAUGUAUUAUGUACUUGUUAGGCGUAAGCGAACAAUGCUACAUUUCACCCGUGUACUAGUUUAAAUGUUACAUAAUUGUAAUCAAUAAAAUAUAUAGAAAAGUA